AAUUACAGCAGCUGAUAAAAACAGCGACAACCCUUGGAAAAGUGCACGCCACUGGCCAAUAGAUGGCGCUAAUAAAGCAUCAAAUGCGGAUACGGAUUUGAAAUCGCAAUCGCAAUCGAAAGUGUGUUAUCGAUAAGAGUGUGUGUAUAUCGGUGUAAUCGGCCGUGUUCAAAGUGUCCGCGACGAGGUUAUUUUUUUUGUACAUUUUUGUUUAGUUUGAAAGAUUGAAGUUGAAGACGAUAACUGAGAACGAUUGCAGACGAAAUACACACGCACAUACACGCGGUGCGGUGUGUUGGUGUGCGUGGGUGGAGAAGGCUGCAGAGCAAAUGGUAAACAUGGAUUGGACUCGGUGGCAACAAGACGCUAAUGCCAGAGACAGAGCUGGCAACAGCAACAGCAACCGUAAUAGCAUCGACAGUGACAGCGACAGCAGCGAGAGCAAUAACAACAACAACAACAACAACAACAGCAACAACAAUAACAACAACAUCCGCAACAGCAACAGCAACAGCAGCCUUUGCGAUUGCGAGCAUCAGCACAGCCAGUGGCUUCCCAUUUGAUUCGUUUAGCUUCACAUCUCGUAGGUUCAAUCAGUCAGCCAGCCAGUCAGCAGUCAGUCAGUCAGUCAGUCAGUCAGCAGUCAAUCAGCAGUCAAUCAGUCAGUCAGUCAGUCAGUCAGUAUCAAUCGCAGUCGCAAGUAUCAGAAUCAGUAUCUACAAAAAUAUCAGUAUCAGUCAGUGCACCAAUCAAAAUCAAUCAAAUUCAGCUAGUCAGAUCUGUUGAUCAAUCGUUGAUAAUCGUUCAAAUCGAUAACAUAACUGUAACUGUAAAUACUAUCAAGCAGACAUCAUUCAGUAUAUAUCUAUUUAUAUAUAUAUAUAUACUAUAGCAUAUAGUAUCAAGUAGUGCAGUGUGGCAAAAAUAUAUAUUUCAAUCAUCAAUCAACAAACAAUAUUAUUGGAAUCAAGUGAACGGUGUCCACGGUGCGAAGGCAGCGGCGAAAGCUGCGGGCUGUGUUGUAGCCAACAACAACAACAACAACAACAACAACAACAACAGUAGCAGCAGUAGCAGCAGUGGCAACAGCAACAACAACAUCAGCAACUACGACAAUAACAUCAACGAUCGCGGCUGCAACAAUAAGAAUAAUACAACAACAACAACAGCAACUACAAUAAAUCUCUAACAAACAGCCGCCUCAACACUGCCAAUGCCCUCAUUGCCAUCAUAAUAAUCAACAACGUCAUCAUCGUUUGUUUAGAUUUGAUACAACGUUUUAUCGCGUAAACUCAAGCCGCAUCUGGUCGCCGAUACCGUUAAGCAGUAUAUAAGUCGGGCGCAACGAACAACCAAAAAAGGUUCUCAAGAUCAACAAAAUAACAUGGAGUUUUUACGUGGCGUCUAUGCGUUUAUGCAAGUGAGUAGAUCAUCGGUGUCUCAUGUCAAAAUCGAUUCACCUGUUUUUCGCCUGCACACAAACGCAACGGUUAUUUUACUGAUCACAUUCUCGAUUGCCGUGACAACGCGGCAGUACGUAGGAAAUCCCAUAGACUGUGUACACACAAGAGACAUUCCCGAAGAUGUUCUCAACACAUAUUGUUGGAUACACUCAACGUAUACAGUUGUGGAUGCGUUCAUGAAAAAGCAAGGUUCAGAGGUGCCUUUUCCUGGAAUACAUAAUUCACAGGGGCGUGGCCCUCUAACAAUAAAGCACACAAAAUAUUAUCAAUGGGUAGCAUUUACACUAUUUUUUCAGGCAAUCUUAUUUUACACACCAAGAUGGCUGUGGAAAUCUUGGGAGGGUGGCAAGAUUCAUGCGCUCAUCAUGGACUUAGAUAUAGGCAUUUGUUCCGAAGCCGAGAAAAAACCAAAAAAGAAAUUACUUUUAGAUUAUUUAUGGGAAAAUUUAAGAUAUCACAAUUGGUGGGCGUACAGAUACUACGUGUGUGAGCUGCUAGCCCUGAUAAAUGUGAUAGGUCAAAUGUUUCUUAUGAAUCGAUUUUUCGAUGGCGAAUUUAUGACAUUUGGCUUGGAUGUGAUAGAUUAUAUGGAGACCGAUCAGGAAGAUCGCAUGGAUCCGAUGAUUUACAUAUUUCCCAGAAUGACCAAAUGUACAUUUUUUAAAUAUGGUUCAAGUGGGGAGGUGGAGAAACACGACGCCAUUUGCAUUUUACCAUUAAAUGUUGUUAAUGAGAAAAUUUACAUUUUCCUUUGGUUUUGGUUUAUAUUAUUAACGUUACUCACAUUAUUAACGCUAAUAUACAGGGUGGUUAUUAUAUUCUCACCUCGAAUGAGGGUCUAUUUAUUUCGAAUGCGAUUUAGGUUAGUGCGUCGUGACGCUAUUGAAAUAAUCGUUCGUCGUUCCAAGAUGGGCGAUUGGUUUUUGUUGUAUUUACUAGGUGAAAAUAUAGAUACAGUUAUAUUUCGUGAUGUUGUACAGGAUUUAGCGAAUCGUUUAGGACAUAACCAACACCACAGGGUGCCUGGAUUGAAAGGUGAAAUACAGGAUGCAUGAUAUUGGGAGUAUUAGAAACAAUACAAAAUGCAAUAUGUCGUCUCCAUAUAAAUGCAACAACAACAACAACAACAACAAGAACUUUUAACAAAUUAGUACAACAGUAAAAUCAAGAAGAAGAAGAACAACAACAACAACAACAAACAACAAACAGCAGCAGCCGCUUCAUAAGUUCAAAAAUAAAACUGAAAAAAAAACGUAUCUUACAAAUACAACCAAAAAAACUAUCGUCAAUGCUAACAACAACUCAUCGAAGUCAUUUUCAGUCACAAGAGAGUAAAACACACAGAUAGAUAGAACGAUAAAGGAUCAAGAUUAAACAUUAGAGUAUCAAUAGAAAUCCAUAACCGAAGUUAAAGAAGAAGCAACACACACAACGAAUAUUUCGGAAGAACCACAACUGAAAAGUGAAAGAAGCAAGGCAAACAAAUCAACCACCAACAACAACGAAUAUUUAAGGCAUUUGAAGAUCAAAGACCAAUCAUGAAGGAAGCAGCAGGAUAAGGAGAACAGGUGGACAGCAGCAGCUGGCCACAGGACACAGCCAACGGAUGCACGUGGCAACUGCGUCUGGGGGCGUGGCCCAUGGAUACAAGUGAAGUCAAGGAGUCAAGAACUAACGACGACGACAAAAAAAAAAUAGCAAAGUUGCCCAAGGACAAGAACAAAGUGUGUGCCGAACAAGGAAAGGACAUUGAAAUGAAGGAAUUGAAGGAAACUCUCUAUCAUAUAAACACAAACCAACACUCACACUCACACACACACACACACACUCACACAUGCACAAGACAUUUAUGCGGCAUUACUCAUACCGCACGUACGCCCACACCCACGCCCACGCCCACACCUACGCCUACGCCCCGCCCCGCACUUUGCUUGUCAUGCAGCAACAUAACAAAACACCAACGAAGUCGAGACGACGCCCGCGUAUAAUUGCAUUUCUGUAUUAACGACAAAACAACAAAAAAAACAAACAACUGCAACAUCAUGCACUAUAUUUUAACACCAACAACAACAACAAUUAGAACAUCAACAUCAACAACAACAACAUCGAACGAGCAGCAACGACAGCGCAAAAGAAGAAGAAGAAGAAGCAGAAGAAGGCGAAACGAAGACGAAGACGAUCAUCAAGAAGAGAAGAGCUGCAAAAACAACAACAACAACAACAGAAGAAACUGUUUCAAGUGUAGACGAGAAGAAGAGAAGAUGAUCUCCUCUCUCUCUUCGAUACGAUACGAUUGAAUAGGAAUUGGAUGGAAUAUCGCAUAAUGAAUAGAGUAGAGAAGCAGUUUGGGGGGAUUGAAGUAGAAAUAGAAAAGCGAAGAGGAUGAAGAGGAUUGAUUAUAUAGAAGAGGAAAGCGAAAAGCGAAAUGAGAAAUGAGAAAAGCAGGCAAAAACAAACGUUUAAUUAAAUUAAAUUCAACUCAAUUAAAAUCACUUAUUAUAUUUAUAAUAAUAGUCAUUACAAAAGUAAUAAUAAUAAUUACAAUUACAAUAAUAAUAAUAAUAAUUAUAAUAUUAAUGCAAAAUGAAAAACAAAACAAAAACGAUAUCUCGAAGUGUUCAUGUAUUCGAAUGUAGGUUAAUUAAGAACGGCAUAUAAAUAAUUCUAAAUAUAAUACACACUUAUAUAUAUAUAUAUAUCUAUAUAUAUAUGCACAUGCAUACAUAUAUGUAUAUGGUGUGUACAUAUAUAUAGAUUCACGUACUUAUACAUAUAUGUAUAUACUACAUAAGUAUACAUAUACAUACAUAUAUAAUAUAACGAUAAACAACAAACAGAUUUUUUUUUUUGUCUAACUCUAAGUAUUUGUAUUACCCGCUAAAGAAACCAAAGGUAAAAUAAAAAACAAAAACAAAAACCAAACAAAACAAAACAAAAAAAGAGAACACGAAAAACAACACAAAAACAAACAAAAAAGCAACAAAAACAAAACCAAAUUUUGUAUACAAGAACCACAAACAAAACAAAGAAAAAUACAAAAAACAUAAAAAACCAAAAAAAGCAAAACAAAAAAUUCAAUGAAAGUGAAAAUGAAAAUGAAAAUGAUACCGAACUAAAUGUAAAGAUCAACAAAAAAAUAUCAGUAAAUAUCAGCGACAGUUUAGUAAAUGGAAAUAAAAUACAGAAAAUACGCAUACAAAUACCAUAAAACGAAGAGAAUACGAAGAGAAACGAAACAAAACAAAAGGAGAAAUAAAUGCAGAAAUUUUAAAGAACCGUACAUACAUACAUACAUACCUACAUACCUACUUACAAAUGCAUACAUACAUACAAACAUAUAUAGUUUAAUUAGGUCAAAAGUCUAGCGCGCAUCAUUAUAUAACCAUUAAAAUAAUAACAAACAUUACGAACUCAGACGGACAGACAGACGGACGGACGGACAGACGGACGGACGGACAGACGGACAGAUCAUGGAUCAUAUUUUAAACAUGCAUAAAUAGAUUCAGAAAUGGAAAUUCAAAUGAGAACGGAAGUUCAUUUCCCAGUACUUAUAAAUCAUGACUUUGAUUCUCCAAUUAUACAAAAACAUAUAGAAGAGGGGACUUAAAAGCGGGCUCAGAAAUCAAUUAAAUGAAAUCAUUUUCCAAUUAUCAAAAAUGGAAAAAAAAAACUUUAACACAAUUUGAUGCAUUAUGAUUUAAACAGCAGAUCAACAGAGGGUAAUAAAAUAAUGAAUCAUUAUUUUCUCCAUUCAAACUUUUGGCAUUGCGGCUGUCCCACAAGAGCAAGCGAGAGCGAGAGAGAGAGCGAAAGAUAUAGAACGAGAGAGAAAAGGCUCUACGAUUAUCAUGUGCAGCGAGAACAAUCUCUCAAACAAACAAAGAAAAAACAGAAUAACGCUCAUUCACAUCGAAUUGACCACACGUCAUGUGCUACAAAUUGUAAUAUCCGUCCAGAAAACUUUUUGAAGCACAUUCUAAUUUGUAAGAUUUAGGUUUUGUUCCCAGUCAGUGAAUCUCUUGCCCUAAAAUAUUAUUAUAUAUAUGAAUGAAUGAAUGUUCAACAAACGCUCGUCUGAUCAAAUUAUCCACAACACUCAUUAUGCAAAUGCAAAUGCAAAACGGACCAAAAUAAGUCACAAACAAACAUUUCUUUCAAUUGUAAUCCUCAGUUCAGCUCUCUCUUUCCAAGCCCCACCCCCUCCCUUCCCCUUUUUCCCAAAAAGGACAUAAGGAUGAAAGACGCAUCAGACACAGCCAAAGAAGCCAAGCCAAUGAAAAUAAAUGUCACUGCCAGCUAAAACAGCUAAAAACACACACACACAUGAAACACACACACACACAAAUGUAGUUUAAAGACUCGCAACAACAACAAAAAACAACAUCUAGUAUGUAGAUACGAUCUCCCCCAGAGUCUCCAGAGUUCAGCUGCAAUGCCAAGGCAAUUCCUUCGAUGAGUUGAGCUCACUUUUUAUCCCCACAGUUCUCAGUCUCAAAAAUACUUAUACUUUUUAUGUUAUAUAGAUCAAGGUAUUUCGGUUUAUGUACUCAUGACAACGCAUACUCAAAGACGCAUUAGAUUUUAGCUAACAAGGUUUUGGAUGUAAUCAUAAUAAUAAUAAUAAUAGAUAAAGGGAAAUCGAAAUGGAAAUGGAAAUGAGAAAAAAAAAACAAAAACUAAUUUCUAUGUCGCCAUACAACACUUAAUAGAAGAUGAAGAAAACAAUAAUUAUAACAAUAAUGAUAACGAGUAAUUUUAGCGUAUUUUUUUUAACUGCUUAUAGCCAAAUAUGUGUAAGCUUAAAGUCUAGUUAAAAGAACAUAAUGACGGAAUUUAGUCACUGAAAAAACAAAAACAAAAAGAAACAAAUUCAUUUCUUUGAUUUUCUUUCUCACAUUUUUUUUCGGCUCUGUUUUGACUAUUGUUUUACUAUUUUUUGUUGGGUUUUGAGUAUGAAUGAUGGGAAUAAGUAAUAAAUUUGAAUACAAACUGAAUCUAUGCAAUACCGAAGAAGAAGAUAAAGACGAGUAAUAUGAAAAUAAUUAGUGAAUAAUCAAUGAUAAUUUAAAUCGAAUCGGAACGAAACGAAACGAAACGAAGCAUAAUUGAUAUUCAAUGUAAUUUUAUGACAGGGAGGAGGAGAAGAGAACCGUGAAACCAUAAUUACACUGGAAAUAUGUUAUGCAUAUAAAUAAAUACAAGGAAAUUGCCAUUAGUUGUUAGUGUUAAUGCGAUACGUACAUAAAUAUAACAAAAAAGAAAAGAAGUGAAAUGAAAAGAAAAGAAAAGGAAUAUCUAUCUAUCUGUAUAUGAACUCAGCUCAUAAUACUCUCACAUACCACACAUACAAAUACACAUACUCAUACUCAUACAAAUACAAAUACAAAUACAAAUACAUACUUAGUUAGAGAGGUGCAAAGGUGCAGGGUUCAUUCAGACAAAAGAAACGAGACGAGACGCAUAUUGAGAACAAAAAGCAAUUGUAAAAUAUCUUAACUCAUCAUCAGGUGACGAGUGACGAGUAACGAGUAACGUGUAACGAGUAUCGAAUGUCGAGUAUCGAAUAUCGUAUAUCGACUAGCAAGUAUAUAUUGAUUAACGAAAUAUCGAUCAUAAUCGUAUAAUGUUUUCUUUUUCCAAUGCAAGACUUUAUUUUUCAAAGUGUUUGCCGCAAUAUAAACUACGAUUUAAAUACCAAAAAGAAUAAUGAAAUCAAAUACGAACUGUAUUAGUUACAAGUAUAAUAAGUACUUAUAUGCAUACAUACAAACAUACAUAUAUUAAAGAAAAGGUAAACCAAUUGAUUAUGUGCAUGAGAACACACACACACACACACCCACACACACAUACAGAGACAUUUCAGAAGCAUAACAUAGAAGGAAAACAGAAAGAAAAUCCCCCUAGAAGCAGCAGCCAGAACAUUUUUGGACUUUCUCCUGUUAACACGAGUGACUUCUUCAGGCACAACACAGAUCGCAUCGAUUCUAUAUAACUUUCUACACACACACACACACACACACACACACAAGAGGCAAGAUCUACUACUAUAAUACCUAAUACAAUCUAAGAAUAUAUCUGGUAUCGCUCCUGCGACUGGGGCGAAUCUUCUUUAUAAGGCAACAGGAGCAAUAAAUGUGACAACGAACUUGAAAUGAAGAAGAAGAAAUGAAGAAACCCUUUCUCUCAACUUAUCCUCACUUACUUACAAAAUAAACACACACACAUAGUUUAUACUCUAUAUUUAAAUGCACCGAGUGCUAUUCAAAUCUCACGCUCUCAAAUCAAACUGACUUUUGUUUUGUUUUGUUUUCUUUCUUUUCGUUGAUUGGUAAAUUUAUGUGAUCAAUUUCGAAAUGUCGCUGAAUAGUUUAGCUUUUAUCAUAUAUACAUAAUAUAUAUUACAUUUUAUAAAGAUUCUUUUUUUGUUUUCCUUUAAUUAUGACUUUAAUUUAUGUUGGUUUUGUUUCAUUCGGCAAUAAAACGAAUACAUAUCAUUGUUUAUUGAUUUUUAUUUACGAUAUUACGAUAUUCAUUCAGAAGAUGAGAUUGGAAUGCGCGCUCCCUCAAUGAUCCCACAAAAAAACAAAAAAAACGAAAAACGAAAAACGAAAAAAAAAACACACUCUCUCCUUGCUUCUCACACCUUUCCACACCUCUGCUCACCUCUCUCUUUGCUCUGUUUAUUCCUCCCCCUUUUCCGCCACCCUCAGCCACCCUCAGCACAUCGAUCAUAUAUAGCAAAGAGAAAAAUAAGUAGGUCAAUUGUCUAUGAUCAAGAAUUAUCAAGAAGUAUAUUGGUGAAAUUUUUCUCAACUUAUAUUUUAAAUCAAAUAUAUUCGAUUAGAAAAUGCAAUAACAUUUAGUUCAGCUCUUUGAUGAAUACAUAUAAUAAUUAUAAUUAUAAAUAAUAUUAAUAAUAACGAAUGUGCAAAUAGUGCAAAUCUUUUUAUUACAUACAGAAAAAUGUAAGUUACGUUUUUUUUUUUUUUUUUUUUGAAAAUGUAAUUGAAAUCGAAGUCGAAAUUGUACAAUACGAAGUUCUAAUAGAAUACUAAAUAUGAUAAUGAAAAAUCUGAAACUGCCAAUUCCCAUUCUCAGACAAAGUUUAAAAAUAAAACUAAAAGUAAAAGUAAACGAAAUAAAAAGCAAAGCAAAACCUGCAAGCAUAUUAAAUUAAACAAUAUACAAUACAAUACUUAUACACAAUACAUGCAAAAAACUAAAAAAAAAAAAAAAAAACUAAAAAAAAAAAAAAAAAAUGAAAUUCAAAUUGAAAUUGAAAACAAUGAAAAUUGCUGAAUAUUUAGAUAAAAAACGAAAACCAACAAAAAAAAAAAACAAGGAGAAAGAAAGAAAGAAAUGGGUAUAAGUAGUUGGCGUGUGUUUGUAUCUCUCUGUCUCGCUCUUUUGGUUCGGUUCGGUUCGGUUCGGUUCGGUUCGCUUAGUUUGUUCGCUACUUUAGUUAGGAGGAGCAGCAUGUCAGGUGUGAAUUUUCAAUCUCUUUCGAGUUUCGAUUUGUUCCCCAUUCUCUAAUCGAUUAACGUUUAACUGUUGCCUUGCUUACCUUUCAAAUUUGUUGUAUUUGUGUUAAUUCUGAGUGUGUGCAAGUGUGUGUGUGUGGGUGUGGGUGUGGGUGUGUGUGCGAGUUGGUGUGCAUGCGUUUGUACGAUGUGUGAAUAAAUAGCAGACAAUAAUUAGUAAAUUUGCAAAAACAAAAACAAUAUGAGAUGAAGAAGAAGGGAAAAAAACAAAAGAGAAAAUGAGAAAUAAGAACUAAAGGCAAUAUUUGUGUGUGUACAAUGCGUGAGCAUUAACAUGCACUCCAACCACACACACACACACACACACACACGCACACAUAUGUAUAUUAUGUACAUGAAUAUCUGUGUUGUAUCUGUGUAUCUGUAUCUGUGUAUCCGUGUUAUCCGCAUUUAGUAAUCUGUUUUGUGUUUUGAAAUCAAGAAACUCAAAUCGCAUCGCAUCGCAUCGCAUCGAGUUUCUGUUGUCUUCCAAACAUUUUCGGCUAGCUCCGCAAUUAGAUCGCAAAAGCAAAUGAUUUCGGUUAAAUGCAGUUAGCUGCAGACGCAAAGUAGUUCCUAAAAAUGUAUCCAAGCAUCUCAGUUGGAUCAAUCUCGAGUUGCAAUAAAUUUUGUGUUUCGAUUUCAUUCGAUCUUCAAUUCAAUUCAAUUCAAUUCAUCCUCUCACAUCUCACACACAGUUGGCAAACGAUUAUUUCAUAUUACAUUUUCUUCUUCUUAGAUUUUUUUUUUUUUUUUUGGGUAGUAAAUCUAGUUGAAUUGAGUUUAGUGAAGAUAAGUAAUAAGUUUUGAAGAAAAAAAGAAAAAAAAAAUGAAUGUAGUUCCUUUCUCGUUAGCACAACAAUUUUGAAGUAUAAGAAAACUGCCUUAAAGUGAUUUUCAAAUUAUAUAAACAAAAAAAAAAAACGAAAACGAAAACGAAAACAAAAAACAAACAAAAACAAGUUAAACUAAAAGAUUGUACAUAAAUAGUGCCCAAAAUCAUAUUGGAAACAAUUUUUUUAUUAACAAUAAUUAGAAUGGUAUUUUAAACGUAAGCAUGACUUUUAAUUAACACCUAAGUAUGAAGACGCAUACGAUUGUAUAUACGGAUUAUUAUACUUGAACUUAUAUGCUUAUAUAUAUAUAUAUAUAUAUAUAUAUGUGUAUAUAUAUAUUUAUAUACAUAUGGUAAUUACUUAUACUUAUAGUCAAAACUUAUACUUAUAUACUUAUAUACAAGUACAUAUACAGUGAAUACAUGAUAUGAUAUGUAUUUUGUAACGAAUUAGAUCGUAAUUAGAAAUGAGAAACGUUCAGCAAAAUUACAUCUAAGUUUUCCAGAUUCAGAUGACUUUUGCAGAUGCAGACAAAGAUCAUUAUAAGAAAUUGAGAAAUGUUUUCUUCUUUGGUUUUCACUUCUUUUUUUGUUGUUAGUAAGAACUUUUGUUAAGUCAAAACUAAAUGCAAAACACAAAGAAUAUGACAAAUUAAACUAAUUAUAUUAAUUCUAAAUAAUAAAUAAAUAAUACUAAAUAAAAACAAAAACAAAAACCAAAAUGAACAAAAAACGUAUGUAAAAUAAUUGCAUAAAUAAUUUCAAAUAUAUUCGCCGAUUGCCUUCAACUAGAGGAAUUUUGAUUACAAAAUUAAUAAUGAAUAUUAAAAAUGAGAAUUAUUAAAUAUUGCAUUAACGAAAAAGUAUUUAUACAAUGAAUGGCAAACAACUUAUAAAGAUAACAGAUAACAGAAACAGACAAGACGACAGCAAACAAAAAAAAACAGGACGAACAACUGGAAGAAGCAGCCGAAAUGACAAAACAGGAAUAAAAGUCGACGCAAAGCAGAAGCAAAAAUAAGAAGCAACAGCAACAACAAGAACAAAUCUACACAGACAAAAACAAAAAAACCCAAAAACCAAAAAAAAAACAAACAAAACAAAACAAAAAAAAAAACAAAUACAAAAAAGAAAUGAAAUUCAAAAAGAACUGAAGUAAAAACAAAGAUUUUAAAAGCAGUAACAAAAACAAAGAAAAUAAUUACAAUACAAAAACGAAAACGAAAACAAAGAAAAGAAAUAACACCAUAAUACCACAAAAGAAAGAAAACAAUUAUACACAUUUAAAUAGGUUAUACAUAACAACAACAACAACAACAACAACUAUUAUAUAGUACAUACAUAAGACACACACACACACACACACACAUCCAUACAUUGCAUUCUCGGUUAUCAACUAUUCCACAAAAUAAAAUUAAACGAAUUCUAUUCUAUUGAGAAUCCGAGCGAAUAUCUCGACUAUUUCAAAUCUCAUUUCAUUUCCAUUCGAACCAGAGAAAUCUUCAAUAAAGUAUAUACAAAGAAAAAAGCGAGUAAAUACAAAACAAAAACAAAAAAAAAA